UGCAGCCAUGCCGUCCGACCUGGCCAAGAAGAAGGCGGCCAAGAAGAAGGAGGCGGCCAAGGCGCGCCAGCAGCGGCCCAAGCGCGGCCCGGGCCCCGAGGAGGAGGCCGACGAGAACGGCGACGAGGGGGCGCCGGCGGAACUCCCUGCUGCGAGGAGGGGCAGCACAACCUCCCCCCUCCCUGACCCUUCUCCCCCCCCCCCCGCAGAGGUGGACGCGGUCGCCCGCGCCCUGGAGGAGUUCGAGCUGAAGAAGGCGGCCGCCCGGGCGGUGACGGGGGCUCUGGCCUCCCACCCCAACAGCACCGACGUGCACAUCAUCAGCCUCUCGCUCACCUUCCACGGCCAGGAGCUGCUCAGCGACACCAAGCUGGAGCUCAACUCCGGCCGGCGCUACGGCCUCAUCGGCCUCAACGGCACCGGAAAGUCCAUGUUGCUGUCUGCCAUUGGGAAGCGGGAAGUGCCCAUUCCGGAGCACAUAGACAUCUACCACCUGACGCGAGAGAUGCCGCCCAGUGAGAAAACUCCCCUGCAGUGUGUCAUGGAGGUGGACACAGAAAGAGCCAUGCUGGAGCGGGAGGCUGAACGGCUCGCUCACGAGGACGCUGAAUGUGAGAAACUGAUGGAGCUGUAUGAGCGCCUAGAAGAGCUGGAUGCUGACAAGGCAGAGAUGCGGGCCUCCCGGAUCCUCCAUGGCCUGGGCUUCACCCCCCUCAUGCAAAGGAAAAAGCUGAAGGACUUCAGCGGGGGCUGGCGGAUGCGCGUGGCUCUCGCCAGAGCUCUGUUCAUCCGGCCGUUCAUGCUGCUCCUGGAUGAGCCCACGAACCACCUUGACCUGGAUGCCUGCGUGUGGCUGGAGGAGGAGCUGAAGACGUUCAAGCGCAUCCUCGUGUUGAUCUCGCACUCCCAGGACUUCCUGAACGGGGUCUGCACCAACAUCAUCCAUAUGCACAACCGCAAGCUCAAGUACUACACGGGCAACUACGACCAGUACGUCAAGACCCGCCUGGAGCUGGAGGAGAACCAGAUGAAGAGGUUCCACUGGGAGCAAGACCAGAUUGCGCACAUGAAGAACUACAUUGCGCGCUUUGGUCACGGCAGCGCCAAGUUAGCCCGCCAGGCACAGAGCAAGGAGAAGACACUCCAAAAGAUGAUGGCCUCGGGACUGACAGAACGGGUGAUCAGCGACAAGACGCUCUCAUUCUAUUUCCCCUCCUGUGGGAAGAUCCCCCCACCAGUCAUCAUGGUGCAGAACGUGAGCUUCCGGUACACCACGCAUGGGCCUUGGAUUUACACCAACCUGGAGUUUGGGAUUGAUCUGGACACUCGGGUGGCCCUGGUAGGACCCAACGGAGCCGGGAAGUCCACGCUGCUCAAGCUGCUCACGGGGGAGCUCCUGCCCACUGACGGGAUGAUCCGCAAACACUCGCAUGUCAAGAUCGGCAGAUACCACCAGCACUUGCAAGAGCAGCUGGACUUGGAUCUGUCCCCCCUGGAGUACAUGAUGAAGUGCUACCCGGAGAUCAAGGAGAAGGAGGAGAUGCGGAAGAUCAUUGGCCGCUACGGCCUGACGGGGAAGCAGCAGGUCAGCCCAAUCCGGAACCUGUCGGAUGGGCAGAAGUGCCGUGUGUGCUUUGCGUGGCUGGCCUGGCAGAACCCCCACAUGCUCUUCCUGGAUGAGCCCACCAACCACCUGGACAUCGAGACCAUCGACGCCUUGGCCGACGCCAUCAACGACUUCGAGGGGGGCAUGAUGCUCGUCAGCCACGACUUCCGCCUCAUCCAGCAGGUUGCUCAAGAGAUCUGGGUGUGUGAGAAGCAGACCAUCAGCAAGUGGCCCGGCGACAUCCUCUCCUACAAGGAGCACCUGAAGUCCAAGCUGGCGGGGGAGGAGCCUCAGCUGCCCAAGAAGCCCCCCAGCGUGUGAGUGCGGCUGGACUGGCCAGGGCCAUCUCUGGAGACCAAAGCGAGCCUCUGGCCCCAGGGCAGGAACAGACUGUGUGGCUCCCGGUCCUCGCGGGGCCCUGCUGCAGCCGCUUCUUCCGUCGCUCCUUGCCGAGCCUCGGGUCAUCUCCCCCUCCUCUGCCUGCCGUCCACCGCCAGGGCUGUGCUGCUGACCGGUGCAGCCGGAUGCCGACUUCCAGGCCGGAGCCUCUCCUGUCCUCCUCUCUGUGUGUGAAAUGCUCCCCACCCCCCAACCCCCGGGGGAUGCUUGCUGCUGGCGGGCUUGGAUGGAGCGCCUGGCUUCUUGCUGCUGCAGUCCCUGGACUCUGCUGUCCGGCUGGGGCCUCUGUUGGUUUUUAACAAGUAUUUAUCAGUCUAUGUGCCACCUGCAGGCCUGCCUGGGGCACAAUGAGUCAAUAAAGAUGGAGGGAGAAGA